UAUUUAUUUCCCUGCCUGUUGGAUAAAUGGAGCUGCGCGCGCCGCGUGUUUUCCCGGGAGUUUGGGGGUCGUGUCCCCGCGGUUCGUUUGUCUGACCUCCUCUGGCGCGAGAGCGGGUCGGCGGUGCUUCAAAGCGUCCAAGGAGGCUCGAGGAGCAGAGAUGAACGUCACGCCGCUCCGCGCGGCGGGAAAGCUGCUGCUCUGUGAACUGCUGCUGCUCAGUGUGGGCCGCUCUAAGGAGGCAGACAUGGCGGCGAGGGCUCGACAGGCUCCGAUGUCUCCGUCUGACUUCUUGGACAAACUGAUGGGCCGAACGUCAGGAUACGACGCCCGGAUACGACCCAACUUUAAAGGUCCUCCGGUCAACGUCUCCUGCAACAUCUUCAUCAACAGCUUUGGCUCCAUCGCAGAGACAACCAUGGACUACCGUGUGAACAUCUUCCUCCGGCAGCAGUGGAACGACCCCCGGCUGGCCUACGCAGAGUACCCUGACGACUCUCUGGAUCUGGACCCGUCCAUGUUGGACUCCAUCUGGAAACCCGACCUGUUCUUUGCGAACGAGAAGGGAGCGCACUUUCACGAGGUCACCACCGACAACAAGCUGCUGCGCAUCUUCAAGAACGGAAACGUCCUUUACUCCAUCAGACUGACGUUAACCCUCUCCUGCCCCAUGGAUCUGAAGAACUUCCCCAUGGACGUUCAGACCUGCAUCAUGCAGCUGGAGAGCUUCGGCUACACCAUGAACGACCUGAUCUUUGAGUGGCAGGAGAACGGACCGGUGCAGGUCGCUGAAGGACUCACUCUGCCACAGUUCAUCCUGAAGGACGAGUCCGACCUCAGAUACUGCACCAAGCACUACAACACAGGUAAAUUCACCUGUAUCGAGGUGCGCUUCCACCUGGAGCGUCAGAUGGGUUACUACCUGAUCCAGAUGUACAUCCCGUCCCUCCUCAUCGUCAUCCUCUCCUGGGUUUCCUUCUGGAUCAACAUGGACGCCGCUCCCGCCAGGGUGGCGCUCGGGAUCACUACCGUGCUCACCAUGACCACCCAGAGCUCCGGAUCCAGAACCUCACUGCCCAAGGUGUCCUAUGUGAAGGCCAUAGAUAUCUGGAUGGCUGUGUGUUUGCUCUUCGUCUUCUCUGCUCUGCUGGAAUACGCUGCUGUCAACUUUGUGUCGAGACAACAUAAGGAGCUGCUAAGAUUCAGAAGACACAAGAGCAAGAGCAAGCACAGUGGAGGUGCAGUUGAUCCAGAAGAGCUGGCUGAGUCGCUGCGUCGCAUUAACACUGACAACGGCCUCAGAUCGUCCCAGCCUCUGUACGGAUCUAUGAGCAACAUCUACACCAGCAGUCACAGGGAAGCGGAGGCGCAUGAGAGCAGGCUGAGCUCCUCAGCGGCCAUCACCUCCACCCCCAGCAACAACAAAGCCUCCAAGGCUGGCGCCAACAACACGGUCAACACGACAGGAACCGCCGGCAACGCCGCUACCCAGAAUGCACCUGCAGCAGGCGGGGGAGGCGGAGGGGGAAAGACCACGGAGGAAAUGAGGAAGUUGUUCAUUGACCGAGCCAAGAAGAUUGACACGGUUUCGCGGGCCGGCUUCCCCCUGGCCUUCCUCUUCUUCAACAUCUUCUACUGGGUCCUCUACAAGAUCCUGCGGCACGAGGACGUGCACAAACCCUAGCAGCACGCCGUGCACGUGCACGUGCACGGGCGUGUCCGUGUGCACAUGUACGUUCACGUUCAC